AUGAUAAAACGAGAAGCCCGCUUCAUGCAGCAUUCGCAAGCAGCUGCCGAGUUCGACGAAGGCCGUGCUUGCCCAGGAAGACGUCAGGAAGAGGAGGUUCAACAGGCCAAAGCUCGACGAGUCGUCGACCAGGCGUACGGAGCGCUGAAGCAGCGUUUCUGCAUACUGUACAACAUCACCCGCAUUCAGCCUCCGAAGCUCCAGAAGGUAGUGAAGGCCUGCGUCAUUCUCUACAACGUCGGCAUCUACCUGGGAAGCACAGAGGACAGCCCCUGUCGCCCGUUCGCCGCGGUUGGAUGA